UGGUGGGAAGGCUGGGAGGCUGCUGUCACUAUAUGAGUCCGCAGCCCUCACUGAGUAUCCCUGCUGCCGGAGGACCGCGGCGGGCUGGUAGCAGGGCCCCCUCUUCUCGCCCGGCGCGCGGACUCCUGCUUUCCUCCCGCAGCCACUGUGUUUGCGGCGGCAGAGCCUCGCCCACUCCAAUCCCCACCCUCUCCAUCCUUUAACAGAACAGGAGCGCCUGGCUGGUUUCUGGAGGACUCGGGGCGCAGAAGUGUUAAGAGAGCAAACGCAGGGGCACUGGAAAGGCAGCAUGCGCCCGCCGGGAGCAGCCUCUGCGCCCAGGGUCUGAAGCUGCAGCCCCAGUUCGCCAUUGUGAGCCGCCGCCGGGGGAGUCAGCCGGCGCCACCGUUCCCCCGGGUCCCGGUACACAACGCGAUGGGGCACCUGCCCACGAGGACGCGCGGUGGCCACCGCCUCCUGCCUCUGCUCUGGCUCUUUGUGCUGCUCAAGAAUGUGACCACAUUCCAUGUAACUGUCCGAGAUGAUAAUAGCAUCGCGGUCUCUUUGGAAGAUUCAGAUGUCAUGAGUCCAUCAUCUGUGUAUGUUGUGAAGAUAACUGGUGAAUCCAAAAAUUACUUCUUCGAAUUUGAGGAAUUCAACAGGACUUUGCCUCCUCCCAUUAUCUUUAAGGCCAAUUAUCAUGGCCUGUAUUACAUAAUCACUCUAGUUGUGGUAAAUGGGAAUGUGGUGACCAAGCCAUCCAGAUCCAUCACUGUGUUAACAAGACCUCUUCCUGUAACCAGUGUUUCAAUAUAUGACUAUAAGCCUUCUCCUGAAACAGGAGUCCUGUUUGAAAUUCAUUAUCCAGAAAAAUAUAAUGUUUUCACAAGAGUAAACAUAAGCUAUUGGGAAGGUAAAGACUUCCGGACAAUGCUAUAUAAAGAUUUCUUUAAAGGAAAAACAGUAUUUAAUCACUGGCUGCCAGGAAUAUGUUAUAGUAAUAUCACCUUUCAGCUGGUUUCUGAAGCAACUUUUAAUAAAAGCACUCUCGUAGAGUACAGCGGUGUCAGUCAUGAGCCCAAACAGCAUAGAACCGCCCCUUAUCCACCUCGAAAUAUCUCAGUACGUAUUGUGAACUUGAACAAAAACAACUGGGAAGAACAGAGUGGCAGUUUCCCAGAGGAAUCGUUCAUGAGAUCACAAGAUGCAAUGGGAAAAGACAAACUCUUCCAUUUCACAGAUGACACUCCUGAAAUCCCCUCCGGCAACAUUUCUUCUGAUUGGCCUGAUUUCAACAGCAGUGACGAUGAAACUACAUCACAGCCAUAUUGGUGGGACAGUGCCUCCGCAACUUCUGAAAGUGAAGAAUUUGUCAGCGUUCUUCCUCUGGAAUAUGAAAAUAACAGGACACUCAGUGAGACUGAGAAAUCAACAUCUGGCUCAUUCUCUUUCUUCCCUGUACAAAUGAUAUUGAAUUGGUUACCGCCCAAACCACCAACUGCCUUUGAUGGGUUCCAUAUCCGCGUAGAAAGAGAAGAAAAUUUUACUGAAUAUUUGACAGUGGAUGAAGAAGCACAUGAAUUUGUUGCAGAACUGAAGGAGCCUGGGAAAUAUAAGUUAUCUGUGACAACCUUUAGUUCUUCAGGAUCUUGUGAAACUCGAAACAGUCAGUCAGCAAAAUCACUCAGUUUUUAUAUCAGUCCUUCGGGAGAGUGGAUUGAAGAGCUCACGGAGAAGCCCCAGCAUGUGAGUGUCCAUGUCCUAAGCUCAACCACCGCCUUGAUGUCCUGGACAUCUUCCCAAGAGAACUACAACGGCACCAUCGUGUCUGUGGUGUCACUCACCUGCCAGAAACAAAAGGAGAGCCAGAGGCUAGAAAAGCAGUACUGCACUCAGGUGAACUCAAGCAAAUCUAUUAUUGAAAAUCUGGUUCCUGGUGCCCAGUACCAGGUUGUGAUGUACCUCCGAAAAGGCCCUUUGAUUGGACCACCUUCAGAUCCUGUGACAUUUGCUAUUGUUCCUACUGGAAUAAAGGAUUUAAUGCUCUAUCCCUUGGGUCCCACAGCAGUGGUCUUGAGCUGGACCAGACCUUACUUAGGAGUGUUCAGAAAAUAUGUGGUUGAAAUGUUUUAUUUCAACCCUACAACAAUGACGUCAGAGUGGACAACCUACUAUGAAAUAGCAGCGACUGUCUCAUUAUCUGCAUCAGUGAGGAUAGCUAAUUUGUUGCCAGCAUGGUACUACAACUUUCGAGUUACCAUGGUAACAUGGGGAGACCCAGAACUGAGCUGCUGUGACAGUUCCACCAUAAGCUUCAUAACAGCUCCUGUUGCUCCAGAAAUCACAUCUGUGGAAUAUUUCAACAGUUUAUUAUAUAUCAGUUGGACAUACGGGGAUGAUACUACUGACCUCUCCCAUUCUAGAAUGCUCCACUGGAUGGUUGUUGCAGAAGGAAAGAAGAAAAUUAAAAAGAGUGUGACACGCAAUGUCAUGACCGCAAUUCUCAGCCUGCCUCCAGGAGAUGUCUACAAUCUCUCAGUAACUGCUUGCACUGAAAGAGGAAGUAACACCUCCAUGUUCCGCCUUGUCAAGCUAGAACCGGCUCCUCCAAAAUCACUCUUUGCAGUGAACAAAACCCAGACCUCAGUGACUUUGCUGUGGGUAGAAGAGGGUGUGGCUGAUUUCUUCCAAGUCAUCUGUCAACAAGUUGGCUCUGGCCAGGAAACACAGCUCCAGGAACCAAUUUCUGUUUCUUCUCAUGUCGUGACCAUCUCCAGCCUCCUCCCUGCCACUGCCUACAACUGUAGUGUCACCAGCUUUAGCCAUGACAGCCCCAGUGUCCCUACGUUCAUAGCCGUCUCAACAAUGGUUACAGAGAUGAAUCCCAACGUGAUUGUCAUCUCCGUGCUGGCCAUCCUUAGCACACUCUUAAUCGGACUGCUGCUGGUUACCCUCAUCAUUCUUAGGAAAAAGCAUCUGCAGAUGGCUAGGGAGUGUGGAGCAGGAACUUUUGUCAAUUUUGCAUCCUUAGAACGGGAUGGAAAGCUGCCAUACAACUGGCGUAGGAGUAUAUUUGCUUUCUUAACCCUGCUACCCUCAUGUCUUUGGACUGAUUAUCUUUUGGCAUUUUAUAUUAAUCCUUGGAGUAAAAAUGGUUUAAAGAAGAGGAAACUGACAAACCCGGUUCAACUAGAUGACUUCGAUGCCUAUAUCAAGGAUAUGGCCAAAGAUUCUGACUAUAAAUUUUCUCUUCAAUUUGAGGAGUUGAAGUUGAUUGGACUGGAUAUUCCACACUUUGCUGCAGACCUUCCAUUGAACCGAUGUAAAAACCGUUACACAAACAUCCUGCCAUAUGACUUUAGCCGAGUGAGAUUAGUCUCCAUGAAUGAAGAAGAAGGUGCAGACUACAUCAAUGCCAACUACAUUCCUGGAUACAACUCACCUCAGGAAUAUAUUGCCACACAGGGGCCACUGCCUGAAACCAGAAAUGACUUUUGGAAGAUGGUCCUGCAACAGAAAUCUCAGAUUAUUGUCAUGCUUACUCAGUGUAAUGAGAAAAGGAGGGUGAAAUGUGACCACUAUUGGCCAUUCACAGAAGAACCCAUAGCUUAUGGAGACAUCACGGUGGAGAUGAUCUCAGAGGAAGAGCAGGACGACUGGGCCUGUAGACAUUUCCGGAUCAACUACGCUGACGAGAUGCAGGAUGUGAUGCAUUUUAACUACACUGCGUGGCCUGAUCACGGGGUGCCCACAGCCAAUGGCGAAAGCAUCCUGCAGUUUGUACACAUGGUCCGACAGCAAGCUACGAAGAGCAAAGGCCCCAUGAUCGUGCACUGCAGUGCUGGAGUUGGAAGGACAGGAACCUUCAUCGCCCUGGACAGGCUCCUGCAGCACAUCCGGGACCAUGAGUUUGUCGACAUCCUAGGGCUGGUGUCAGAUAUGCGGUCAUACCGGAUGUCUAUGGUACAGACAGAGGAGCAGUACAUUUUUAUCCACCAGUGUGUGCAACUCAUGUGGAUGAAGAAGAAGCAGCAGUUCUGCAUCAGUGAUGUCAUCUAUGAGAAUGUCAGCAAGUCCUAGUUCAGAAUCUGGACCAGACAGGACAUCCUCCCUUGCUUCCAGAAUUUUGGGGGGCCCUACUAGCCAUUUGCUAAAAAGAGCCCUGCUUUGUAAAAUGUGGCCAAGGAAAUAACUUCUCUCAUAGAAGCACCAGGACGACUUAGCCUUAAAGAGCCUACAGUGUCUUUUGGACUCUUUCACUUCUGGACAUUCAUUAACUGGACACCAGAAAGAUCCAGAUGCUCUGCAAAGGGCAGGAAGCACAACCCUUCUGAAGGGUUUUGCUAGCCCUUUGCUGGUUGGGCUGAGUUUUGGGGUUGUUGUUUUUAAGUGCAAUAAUUUCUGUGUAUGUGUGAUUUUAUCAGAAUGUUGAAUUGUUUUCUGCCCACGCCAUUGAUCAAGCUCAUAGCCCAAGCAGGAACAAGCAUUGUGAGUGUCAAAUUGUACCUCAUUGUUUAAAAGAGGCAUGGCCACACAUGAAGAAAUGGGAUUUUGCUUCAAGGAAAUUGAACCGGUGGUAUCCGUACUCCAACACAAGCGGGGAGGGUGGAUGGGGGAAGAGAGAGAGGUUCUCCCCACAGAUCGACUGCGAAUCUUUUCCAAAUAUGAAAAUCUGUAACUCAGCUUCAAAGUAGAAUAGAAAAAAAAAUUUAAGUCUUAA